AUGAUGAGAGGUGCUGCUGAUCAACCUGUUGUUGAGGAUGGUGUUGAUAAGGAGAAGAAGAAGAAGAAUCGUCGAUCUAGCCGCCCUAGAUUAGCGUUGAGAAGACAUACUUCUACUUCAAUAAGUGAAAUACAUGGUGAAGCUACACAGAUCUUAAAAAAUGGUAACAAAAAGAGUUUUGUGAGUUACUCAUCGUCGAGGCAGCAUGUCCUGGACUUGCAUCCUUCCAAUGACCAAGAAUCAACUAGAGCAUCUGACGUUGCUUUCAGUUCAAUGCCAACAAUGCAUAUAAAUGAACAAGACUUGGUUGAGGCAGGCAGCAUGCAUCAUCUGUUGCCUGCCGAUCUUGGUGGAAAAACAGUUUCAAUGUCGUGUCCCACACCGUCUGCCCGUGACUGCUGGGAAUAUAUAAAUGGGGAUGGUUAUGCUCAGAGUCCAAUUUUUCUUCCACAUUUGUCCACAGAAGCAGUUAAUGAGGCAUUAGAGAAAGGAUAUGCUUUAAAAGCAUUGUUUCGUGUAAAUGCCCACAAUCGACUUGAGGCCUAUUGCAAAAUUGAUGGAGUACAAACUGAUGUUCUUAUUAGUGGGACUGCUGCACAGAAUAGAGCUGUGGAAGGAGAUGUUGUGCUGAUUAAGGUUGAUCCUUUAUCACAGUGGACCAAGAUGAAAGGUCUUCCAAACAAUUCGGCCCUGGCAGAAGAUAGUAUCUUGCUUUCUGAAGCAAGUGAAAAACAUGGUGAUAUCCACAAAGGAAAAAAUAAAGUAGAUCUGGGUUACGAUCAUGUCAAUUCAAAUUGUACAAUGCUUCCCGAGAAAGAUUUCCAUUAUGAGGAUGGUUCUUCUCCUGGAGAAACUUCUCAUCCAGAAAGUCUUGAACCAGCAUGCUAUAAUUACAUUAAUGGACACCACCUGGCUGCUUCAGAUUCUACAUAUAUUGGUUCCUCUAGUCGGCAGUGUGAUGUUUUGGAUGCAGUUGAGAGGUUGUCUGCCACUAUUAGUUUAAAUCCAUUAAAAAGACCGACUGGCAGGGUUUUAGCCAUCAUUGAAAGCUCUCCUCGUCGAGAUUGUAUUGUUGGAUAUCUUAAUGUUAACCAAUGGCUUAAUUACAGGGAUGGGUACAAAGAAGAAAUGACAAAGAAGGGUGGGUUGAUUUCUAAACACGAGUGUAUCCAACUUACUCCCACUGAUCCAAAAUUUCCAAAAAUGAUGGUCCUGGUGAAAGACUUACCUGACUGCAUCAAGAAAAGAUUAGAAGGAGGUGAUGCUACUUUUGAAAUGGAGCUGGUGGCUGCAGAAAUCCUUUAUUGGGGUGAAGAAAGUCCUUUUCCACAAGCCCAUGUCUCGCGUGUUUUUGGACGAGGUGGUGAAGUGGUGCCACAUAUUAAUGCGAUUUUAUAUGAAAAUGCAGUUUGUUGUUCUGAAUUUUCUUCGGAAUCCCUCUCUUGCCUUCCUUCUGUUCCUUGGAGGGUGCCACCUGAGGAAUUUAAUAAUAGAAAAGAUCUUAGAAAUCUGUGCAUAUUUACAAUUGACCCGUCAACUGCCACGGAUCUUGAUGAUGCUCUAUCAAUUGAAAGGUUAUCUGAUGGCAUUUUUAGAGUAGGUGUCCAUGUUGCGGAUGUGUCAUAUUUUGUUUUACCUGACACAGCAUUAGACAUAGAAGCUCAGUUACGAUCAAAUAGUGUGUAUAUGUUUCAAGGUAAAAUUCCAAUGUUGCCCUUCUUGCUCUCAGAGAAUCUAGGCUCACUAAACCCUGGAGUAGAUAGACUUGCUUUUUCUAUUUUCUGGGAUUUAAACACUUCUGGGAAUGUUGUAGAUCGUUGGAUUGGUCGCACUGUUAUAAGAUCCUGUUGCAAGCUUUCAUAUGAAACUGCUCAGGAUAUUAUUGAUGGUAAAAUUGAUGCAGAAAGUUUUAAUACAUCAGGAAAUGGCUUUCCACAGUUGUAUGGCGAUUUUGAGUGGGCUGAUGUUAUUAGAUCUAUUAUAAGUCUUCAUGAAGUUUCAAAAACUCUGAAAGAGAAGAGGUUUAGUGGUGGGGCUUUGCGGCUUGAAACUUCCAAACCUGUUCUCUUACGUGAUGAAGAUGGAACUCCAUAUGACAGCAUGCUAUCGGAAAGGAAGGACUCGAAUUUUCUGGUCGAGGAGUUUAUGCUUUUGGCAAAUAGGACAGCUGCUGAAGUUAUCUGUAGAGCUUUUCCAGAGAGUGCUUUAUUGCGGAGGCAUCCUGCACCUAAUAUACGGAAGCUUAAAGAGUUUGAAGCGUUUUGUCAAAAGCAUGGUUUAGAAUUGGACACUUCUUCCUCUGGUCAAUUUCACCAGUCGCUGGAACGAUUCCGGGAAAAGCUCAAGGAUGAUUCUGUGCUGUUUAAUAUUCUUAUGAAUUAUGCUGCAAGACCAAUGCAGUUGGCAUCUUACUUCUGUAGUGGUGAUUUCAAAGAUAAUGCAGACCGAAGCCAUUAUGGACUGGGUGUUCCUCUGUAUACACAUUUCACUUCACCACUGCGCCGUUAUCCUGAUAUUGUAGUGCACCGUACAUUGGCGGCGGCUUUAGAAGCUGAGGAGUUCUUGUGGAACCAUAAAAGAAAGUUCCUGAAAGAAAAGCAAAGGAAUGAAAUGAAAGGAAGAUUUUUAACUGGCAUUUAUUAUGAGAAAGAUGCUCUAGAAUCCAUGGAAGGCAGGGAAGCAUUGUCAGUCGCCGCAUUAAAGCAUGGGGUUCCUUGCACAGAUGUACUUGCUGAUGUUGCUGCUCAUUGCAACAACCGAAAGUUGGCCUGUAGAAAUGUUAAGGAUGCUAGUGACAAACUCUACAUGUGGGUUUUGUUGAGGAAAAAAGAGGUUUUAUUGUCUGAAGCGAGAGUUUUGGGUCUCGGGCCGAGAUUUAUGUCCAUUUAUAUUCACAAAUUAGCUAUUGAACGUCGGAUAUAUUAUGAUGAAGUUGAAGGCUUGAAAGUAGAAUGGCUUGAGGCUACAUCUGCGUUGGUGCUUAAUUUAUGUACCUACAAACGAUCAUGUAGGAGAGGUGGUUUUACUAAUUACCGGCCUCUUGAAGAUGUUGCAUUGCUUGUAAGACCUUGCGACCUAAAAGAGGAGCAGAGCAUGUCUGGAGGCAGUGCUAAUGAGUGCAUUGCAGCCAAUGGGAGCGACUCUGAUUUAACUCGCCCAUAUUUGGAUCCCAUUUCAAAUUGUGGAAUUGAUCCCGGGGUUUUCCCCAUGACUGUGAAUCUCCUUUCAACAAUUCCUGUGGCACUUUCUGCUGUUGGUGGGGAUGAUGGACCCCUUGAUGUUGGAGUGCGGCUCUACAUGAGCACGUAUUUGAGGUAAAUUGUGUUUUGGAAGUGAUGAAAUCAAGUAAUGUGUUUUGGAAGUGAUGAGAUCAAAUAACGGAAGCCUACUUGAGGAGAUGAAAGUUCACCGUACUUUGUGCGGAAUAAUCAAACCUCUGUUGUAGAUAAGAUAGUGUAUAGUUGAAAUAGAGUUUUAGGAUAAAAGGAAAUCUAUGGUUUCAUUUGCCAAUGCUACGUGAAUCUGUCUCAUGCUGGAGCAUCAUCGGGUGGGAGUUGUAAAUAAGGGUUGGGCCUUCAUUGACUUGACCUUUAGUGGCUGUUUUUGACAAAAGCUACUCGCUGGAAUUCGCCUUCGCUUUUUAUUUGGGGCCAGUUUCAGUAUAAUAUAUGCCCAUAUCCAGUGCGUCGACUCUGAGCUUUUCAGCUUAUUUUGUGUUUUAUAUUUACUUAUUUGACUGCAACCCAAUAAUUUUUGGUUUUGGGUGGCCA